UGGCUCUGAAAGUUAAUUUAGUUGAAGUAAAAAAUAUUUAUACCCAGGCUCAAUCGAUUGCUAAUUUACUGGCUAGUCAACUGCGUAAGCGUUCGCCAUCCCGCCUAGUUUUGCGUAAUUUACUAAAUAAACUAUCUUUGGAAAGAGAAGUAAAAGGAGCCAAAAUACAAGUUGGUGGCCGCUUAGAUGGCGGAGAAAUUGCCCAACAAAGAAAGUUAGUUCUCAAAAAGAUGCCUUUAAGUACCAUUGAUAGUAAUAUUGAAGUAGGUCGAGCCGAAGUAAUCACUACUUACGGUAAAAUUGAUAACAUUCGCAGUAAUCGUAUUUCCUUGGAAGCAGUUAGAGGAUUAAUGGUCGAUUACCAGCACGGAAAAAAACCGCUAAAAUCAGUGGCUAGUUUGAGAAUUUCGCCGAACCAUGAAUUAGUUAUUCAGCCUUUUGAACCAAAAAUAAUUCCCCAAAUUACUAAAAAAAUUUUAGACAGUCAAUUAGGAUAUAAAGUCGAAAGAAACACUAAAGAAGAAGUUUGUUUUGUUUUGUCGCCUCUGACUGAGGAAAUUCGCGGUCAACUUAUUCGCAAGGUCAAUUUAAUAACCGAAGAGGGAAAAUCAGCCCUGCGUCGUGUUCGGGAGAACUUUCGUAAUUUAGUAAAAAAGGAUGACCGUUUCUCCCGAGACCAAAAGAGAAAUUAUGAAGCACAAGUGGAUAAGAUAUUUAAAGAAUACCAAGACAAACUUAUUACCGCUGAAAAGAAAAAAAUCCAAGAAUUAAGUUCUUAG